AUGCCCACUCCUUGCCUGCAGUUGCGGCAGGUUCUGUGGAGAGCAUCCUGCUGGAGCGAUCUGAGCCGACAAGCGGGAGCUCGCUGCAAGAAUCAGCACGAGGCAGAGGUCGGACGGAGGACGGUCGAGGCGUGGACGAACUCAAGACGUGACUUGGGAGAUCUGAUUUGCAGGUGCAGGGCGCAUUUUGUAGAAGUCAUGCGUCCUGAGUUCUUGCCUGCGCAUUGGGAUGUGACCCACCGAAUUGCAGUGCGACGCCUUUGA